AUGCACAUAGCUACGUUCCCAGCGCUGGCAAUAACAGCGCUGGCCCUGGUGCUGUGGGCCACGGUGGCGACGCACUCGUCCAACACAAACUCGUGCCAUAUGAGCUACAUGAAGCCCGACAUGAUCGCCAUGACGGGCUUCAACACGACCCAGACCCCGCUGGCACACAAGUACUCGCUGCAUCUGUACCGCGAGCUGGACGUGGAUCUGAGCCGCGAGGUGGGUGGACGCCCGGUGCUGUUUGUGCCCGGAAACGGAGGCAGCAUGCGCCAGAUCCGCAGCAUAGCCGGCGAGGCCGCGGUCCAGUACUGGCACGACCCGCGCCGAGCGGGCGCAGAUGCAGACACUUGGGCAAAUGGCUCGACAGCCAGGCCGAAAUCAGCAUUACAAAAACUCAACACCUUUGCAUUUGGAGAUACCGAGAGUGACACAGAGGGUGUCAGGGGACUGGGCGAUGCGGUUACCGCACGGGACAUGUCUGGUGACGACAGGAGGGACGCCGUCGAACGACCACUGUCUAACGGCAAGCUUCCCAGCCAGUGGCCCGACGACCUCCCGCUGGACUUCUUCACAGUCAACUUCCAAGAAGAUCUCACGGCGUUCGACGGAACCACCGUCAUCGAUCAGGCCGAGUACCUCAACCAGGCUAUUGCAUAUAUUCUCUCUCUCUACUCCUCCCACCCUAACCCCCCCACAUCGGUCAUUGUCAUUGGCCACAGCAUGGGUGGCAUUGUGGCCCGAACAAUGGUCACUCUGGACUCCUACAUCCACGGGUCCAUCAAUACCAUUCUCACGCUUGCCACUCCCCACGUGCUUCCCCCAGUCUCGUUCGACAAGGGCAUCGUCGGUCUGUACCAUAACGUCAACGAGUUCUGGAAAACCGAGACCGUUCCUGGCGGCAAGCUCGAAGACACUCUUCUGGUGUCUGUCACCGGGGGCAUUCGCGAUCAGAUGAUUCCGGCAGAGUAUUCUUCGGUCGACACUUUCCUUCCACCGACCAACGGCUUUGCUGUCGCUACAACGUCCAUCCCGGACGUCUGGAUGAGCAUCGACCAUCAAGCCAUGGUUUGGUGUCAUCAGCUGCGACGAGUCGUGGCUGAGACGUUGUUAGUGGUGGCCGGGGAGACCACCGAAAAGGUGAGCACGAGGUUGGACACGUUUCAGGAGUAUUUUCUUUCUGGAAUGGAGAGAGUUGAGAAAAAGGCACAGAACGCGUCUGAGUCAUCUAAACUGACUCUCGACACUCUCGUCUCAAUUAACACCCCCCUCACCACCACUUCCAAUAUUAUCAUCAAUGACCAUUCGCCCAACCAGCUGGUCAAGACAAAGAGCUACUUCAAGUUUCCCGUGCUCAAGGCAUCCGAGAUCAACGAGAUGAGCAGGUCAUUUGCCAUGCCCGUCGAUAAGGGGAAAUCGCUGUUGGUUAAAACCAACAUGCCACUGGAAGAUUUGCACAUUCUCGUGUGUCGAACCAACACUGGAGACGUGGAUACCAACGGGUUCUCGUUUUUGAGAUACGGGAGCAAGUCAAAGGGCGUGAGAGUUGGUACGGACACGCUUGUGUGUGCCAAUGUCGCUGGGGAAGCUGUUGCCAUGCCUUCUUCCAUCAAGUAUGCCACCGGCGCCAAGAUUCCAGAGGAGGAGGAAACUGGGGAAGAUAACGACAUACCUGUCGAUAGCGCCAUUUCGUCCACCUCUCUGUCUGAGUAUAUCCAAUUAGACGCAUCCUCCCUUUCUGGCUUCCAGUACGUGGUGGUCAUCGACAACACCAUGUCCGAAACUAUUUCGUCGGAUUCAUAUCUGCUUGCUGAAAUGGCUCUCCCUUCAGACAUGGCCGUUGUCGCGGCUCCGACAUGGUGGGAGGUACUCAAGGUGGGCCGAUUCACCAUUGAGCUACCCGAGAAGCGGGCUUUGUUGACGAAAAUCUCGUUGCCCCACUUUUGGUCUUCUCUGGUCGCCUUUUCUAUCCGGCUCUCCACCUCGGACUCCUUUUCCAUGGAAUACCAGUGUGAGGCGAAAAAGAGCAUGGGCUCCGAGCACGACGUUCUGUUUGCCCCGCUCCUUAUGCAGUAUUCCGCCCAGCUGCAUGAAGCCAAGUUUAGUACAAACUUGUGUGGUGGCUAUGAGCAGGGAACACGUGUUGCUGUUCAUGGUGGAGCUCCAUACAUGCCUUUGGCAGAGGGAAGAGACGUCUCCGGCACGGAGCUGUAUCUGUGGACCGACUCGUCGUCGAGAUCGUCUGAGUCGCUGUCGCUGACACUGGAGAUUGACUUAUGGGGCUCGCUGGGCCGCUUUCUCGGAUUCUACCGUGUAAUGUUUGCCAUUUUCCCCAUGUUUGUCUUUCUGUGUCUGCUCAUGAUCCAGCUGCGGGUAUGGACCACGACAGAGCUCUUUGUAUCCCUCAGCGACGCGCUGGACGUGUUUGUGGACUUCCAGCUGCCGUGGAUUCUGGCGGGAUCGUGCGCGAUUCCGUUUGUUCCGCAUGUUUUGGUGUCUCUUCUGUACCCGCAGAUGAGUCAGCCCGGGCAAUUCUUCCUCGGGCUCAAUGGCACGCACUUGUGGUUUCUGGGUCCCGUCAGCCUGGUAAUCGCUACUGGCAUCGUUGUGGUUCUGCACUGGUUGCUUCAGAUUCUUACUCUGUGGGUUUGUCAGUGCUACUACAUGCUAGGACUUGCUCCUAUCGCCCCGGAGUCUCCCUUUUCAGUGAGACGCAUUGUCACCAUCUCGUUUCUACUGUUGUUGGUAUUCAAAAUCGUGCCGCAUCAAUUUGCGUUCAUGGUAGCUGUUCUGGUGAUGGCUAUGGGUGCUGGCAAAGCGCGAGUCGGACGUCUGAUGCAGUCGGAAGACAAAGACAAUAAGUCUGAGCCCUGUGUUGUCAUCGACCGCAAUCUCAUCAACUACACGCACUCGUUGUUGUUAUUGUUGGUGCUCCUGCUGCCCAUUAACGCCCCCACCCUCGUGGUGUGGCUGCACAACAUGGCCAACAAGUGGCACACGCCUCUGGAGUCUCAUCACGAGGUUUCUGCCAUUCUGCCUAUUCUGCUGCUUGUCCUGACGGCGUCCCGAGGCAUCAUGAUCCGUCUUCCGCAGUCAAAGAGAGCGAUCUACGCCACCUUUGCAUUUCUGGCGUAUUUCGCCCUCUUUGUGUUGUUUCACGGGGUUGUUCAUUCGUAUCGGUUGCAUUUGCUCACGAAUGGGUUGUGUCUUUGCUUGUUGUACCUGAGCUUGUAG